UGUAAAAUCUGGACUGCAGCAACGCCUCACGACUUGUCUUUUUUUUUUUCUCCCACGAUGCUGUGCGGCAGGGGUUGUCUUGUGUGCGCGCUGUUUGUGGUGCUGAAGCUGCGCGUGCCUCGGAGGUUGCUACCAUAGAAAUCCACACAAGCAUCCUUCCGCGAGAGGACCAGAACGAGGAAUCAUGUUUUCGACGAUUGGGAAAUAAGAUGUUUCUGUCAACUGUUUAAGCCUUAUAUUUAUCUUUUUGAUAACAUCCUUCUUCAAGCACAAGUUAACAAAGCGUAGACGUUUCUGAAGCCCUUUUUUUUCGAGGCUUGACUUGUCUCCGGUGUCGUCGCCUGCCCAUCAGUCUUUGCCGCUUCAUCCCACAUCCUUUAUGCACAGCACGCUGCUCCGGUCCUCCCCAACAAAACACACUUUCGGGUCCGAGCACCAUGGCCCGCUCCCGGCGCUUUCACUAAGAGACAUGGAAGCCAAACAACACCCGAUAAAGAGCCUCAAAAGCUACCCGGAAACCGGCGGCCGGAGCCUGGCAGCGGCCGCCGGAGGAGACGGCGGGUAUAAAGCCGACUCGGCCGAAACGGAGAUGGAGGCGAAUAUCAAGAAAGCCGUCGACUUCAAGGUGGAGGGUCACCGCUGCUACAAAGAGAAGAAGUUUCGGGAAGCAAUCGGCAAGUACCACCGGGCGCUGCUGCAACUCAAAGGGGUGCAUGUUGUCGACGGGACGACGGGCUCCGAGGUCAACCUACUGAACCAACCCUCGACCAAGCUGACCGAGGAACAGCGGAGAGCCGUGGAGAGCACCGAGAUCGAGUGUUACGACAGUCUGACAGCGUGUCUGCUGCAGUCGGAGCUGGUAAACUAUGAGAGGGUGAAGGAGUACUGUCUGAAGGUGCUGAGCCACCAGAGAGACCACUUCAAGGCCAUGUACCGAGCCGGCAUCGCCUUCUAUCACCUGGGCGACUACGAAUGUGCUCUACGCUACCUGCGUGACGCCAAGAACCGCGAACCCACAGACACCAACGUGCUGCGGUACAUCCAGCUGACAGAGAUGAAGAUAAGCAAGAGCGGUCAGCGGGAACGAGAGAGCGGCAAAGAGACCCAGGGCUGACCUUCGACCUUUUUACCCUUCCACACCUUUCAACCUUUGACCCCACAUUGAUCCUCCCUCUCUCCUCCUCUAUCGACUCCUGACAGCAGCACAGCCCACAGAAGAGACAGACCCAAUCAGCCGCCUAUUGAAAAAACGGGAGACCUAUCAAGCUCCUCCUUUUCCUUGUCUUCCCUCUUCUUCUUCUCCCUCUUUUCUCCCCUGCUGUGUUUCCUCUCCCUAGACGCAGACAGUCGAGCAAACAUAAACAAGACAACAAGAAAGGCUGUAUUAUACUCAAAUGAAACAGUCAUCGUGGUGAAAUGAAAAGGAGCUUCAAAACAUACUUAUGAAUAAUGGACAUUUGUAUAAUUUAGUAAAUGUUUUAUAGACAUAAAAUGCAUUUUGUUUCUGCUCUCUUGCUCUCUCUUUUUCUAUCUGCCUUCUCUCUCUCUCCGUCUUAUUUUGAAUUCUUGGGGAAAAUAUCGGGGAUGGGAAGCUUGACCACACCGGGAGGACGGCAGGACUGUGUGUGGACAUGAGCGGUGGAUAGUGAGGGGUGUGUGUGAGACACAUAUCAAGACCAUAGCCCCAUUUGAUUGUACAUCCUACCCCAAUAGGGCACACUCAGGCUCCUUGCGCAGACUAUAGGGCAGACUAGCCCGGGAAAUCUUUCAUCAAGUAAAGAAAACGCCUGCCUUUGUGCUUAAUCUCUCGCUCUACUGUCUUACUUUUCUUUCCUGGAUGCCAUGUAUCUCAGUUUCUGGACUGAUUCUUUUGAAUUCAAGGGCUAAUUCAAGUGUUUGUAAACCGUUACUAGGGUUUUUAAUUUGCUUUGGGCAUAAUCAUACUCGUAGUAAUUCAUCAGUUGUUAACAGCAUCUGUGUCUCCAGCAGUUCCUGCAGGCAUCAGGUGCGCUAUUGUGUUAACUGGUGUGUCUCGAAUCUGUUGUCCAAAGCCGUGUGGGCCGUGUGUUGUUGUAAAGACUGUCAAAAAAAGCCCCUCCCGCCCUCCCUACCCUGUUCUCCGGUUAAUGAUGUCACAAUGGAAAAUAGCCAAUGGGAUCAGAGUUCCAUCAACCGCCGUUGGCUGGAUGGAAAUCCACUUUAAAGUUUCACAGCGAGAAAUACUUUAAAGUUUCUAAACAGAGGUCCAACCCUUUAUCACUAAUGCUGAAGCUCCGAAGACAUCGAUAACACGCCGAGAAGACUCUGGGCAGCAUUAGUGCAGGGAAAACAAUCACAGACACACUGUCCUGACAGUCCAGAUUGCCAUCUUGGAGCACUCACAUUUAGGGCACUUCAACAAGAGUGUUGCCAUUUGAGAUUUCCUCCUUUAGUUUUCUGAUAGAUAAAACAUCUGUGUUUGAAAAUGGUUCCAAACAUAGAGCUGUAAGGACAGAAAACACACAGCAUUAGCUUUAGGCAACACUAAUGGAUAUGUGUGUGGAUAUCCAUGGCUAGCUGUCAAAAGAUGCAUACAUAAUUUUCUUCUCUUGUGACUUGUGAAGCUGAAUCAUUGAUAAUGCAAAUAAUGCUUUUAUAGCUUUACCACACGUUUAAAUCUGCCUGCGCUGUUCUGCAGAAGGUUGGAUUGAUGAUUUGUGAAAGCAUGACCUGAAUUUCCCUUCUCUCUGAUGCCAUGAGACUCAGUUUCCUCUUUCCCGUGUGCAAGCCCACCUCCUGCAUGUAACUUGUGGCUCCAGAGAGUUACUUCAGAUGUUUGGGAUAAGGAUUAUGUCUGCUCUAUUGCUUUCUGUCACGGCAUGCUGCCACACUGUUCUCUCAUACCUCUAUUUUAAUCGUCCUGCCCUUUAUAAACACAGAAGGUGGUGACAGACUGUGAUCACAGCAGUAGAAUAGGUAGCCAAAAAAUCUAGAAAGAAAACAGGACUUUAAUAAAUCAGGGCCACCUUCUGCCUCGGCAAAGGUGAGAGAUAAGAGAUAAUUCCACCGCUUAAGAUAUUCAAAAUAGGAAAUCAAAUCAAAGAAAGAUGCUGUAAACAAUUUCCCCUCCCUAUUUUUUUUUCAGUGACCUGCUGGAGGUAAAUAGGGAUCUAUGUGUGUCAAUGGGACUCUGGAGAGACGGCACCAUGCGUUGAGGGGACCGGCAUGAUACAGAGAGGCUCCAGUGGAGGGACAAGUAGGCCGAUAGUCGGCUGCAGCUCCAGGUCACUCCUGCAGCAGAGACACAUCAUUACAAAGAGUUCAGAGCUGGGAGAUUUAUCAUCAUACAUUAAAUGGCUGAAAGUAUGUGGGCACCUGAGCGUUAAACCCAUAUACGAUUACUGAACAUCUCAUACACAAACUUCAGCUCCUGCUGUAACACUGUCCGCUGUUCUGAGUCACAACAUAGUGCAGUAAUUUCCCACUCUGAUUUCAGACACUCAAAUUAAAUGUCAAACAGUAAAUAUAGUGCCAUAUAAAGUGAUUUAAGACUUAACAGGUGUUACUUUAUUGUUGCAUUAAGAUUAGGCCCAAACCAAAAGAACAUUAAAGUGUGGAACCAGCGGUGUCUACUUCAUUUUAUUAGCCAUAAAGUGUACAUGAUAGGAGAUGUAUCUCAAUAUAAUUAAAUAACUGCUGAUGGCUGAGUUGCAGGAAUAAAGUUUUCUUAAAGGAAAAGUCCGACAUUUUGGGAAAUAUGCUAAUAUAAAGCUACAUCCAGUAGCAGGUUAGCUUAGCUUAGCACAAAGACUGGAAAUAGGGGGAAACAGCUAGUCUGGCUCUGUCCAAGUAACAAAAUCCACCUACCAGCGCCUCUAAAGCUUAUUAAUUAACAAUGUAUUUUCCCAAAAUGUUGAACAACUCAUUUAAGUUAUCUUACUGAAAUAAAUUGGAUUAUCACUCAUUUUCCCAGACAACACAUUACCGGUGUAUUGCACUUAUUUUCAUAAAUAAAUUCAAAUAAUUAAAAAAAACAUCACAUUCUCAACAACAUUGAGACCAAAACAAAAUGAUCUCCCAGCUCUGGGUUGGAGGCUCUGGUAUCUCAGAGGAAAUAAAAGAACAAACAACAGCGAGGAAUGGCACCUACACGCUCGGUCUCCAUGGCUGCGUGAGCUGAGUCUGCUCGCCCUCGGGCCCCUCGGGGACAGGUCUCCUCCCGUGGUCCUCUCUCCAUGGCACCAGUCCGUCAUCUUGUUUUUGUCUAGCUGUGCUAAGUCAUUCUAGCUCAACAUGUACUACAACCGUCUAGGGACAACUAGCUGCACAGAAAACCGGCUUAUUUUUAGCUGAUCAGUUCUCGAUUAAUGACUGGGGCUGUUAUUGUGUGCCUAAUCUGUGCAAAUAGAGAUAGAAACACCUGAUCUCUGCAUCAGUGUAGCUUUGAAAACAAACAACAGAAAGCACAACAAAAAAAGAGACGGAAAAAGUCUAACUACUGGCUGUGUUAGUUUUGCUCUUUUGCUUUGAUGUCAUUUGAGGUAAAUGUUUGUCAAAUUUCAGAGUAGUUUUUUGUGAAUAUACGAAUAUACAAAUGUACAAAAAAAAAUAACAAAAAUGGAAGGUUCUAUGGUUGUGAAGAGCUUUACUUUACUGAAUUACUUUAUCAACAAAGAAGAAAAGCAAGAGAUACAAAAGAGAAUUUUACUGAAGCUCCUCCAUUACACAGAGCUGCUUUGUGACGGUGUCUGUAUUUGUUGGUAUUUCUGUUGACGUCCCUUUUCCUCAAGGGAUCCAAAACCGGCUCAGAGUAUGUGCAAAGCCCUUUGACGCCCCCGUCUGAAUGCCCUCUGACCUGAGUCUUCUGUCUCUGCACAGUAAGACGAAUGGGAAGAAUGAACUACUAUCGGAGGACAGACACAGCUCCUCGCAGACACAGCUCUCCGUCCUGUUUGUUUCUGUGGUGAAGGAGAGGAAAGAAAGGGACAUGAAGCUGGGGACGUCAAGGCUAUGACUGUGUCUUUGUCCCACCACGCUCCAAAGAGGCGUUUUUCCAUGCGACAUCCGAACAUCAUAGGACUCCAUCACUGGUUUUACUGAACUGCUAGCCCGGGAAUGCACUAUUGAUUGGUUAUGAAUAAAGUUUCAAACAAAGAG